AUGAACCCUUUGCAAAAGAACAAGAUCGAUAUUGCGUCCCUCUCCCCGGAUGAGCAACGACUCUUCCGCCUCUAUGGCAAACUCCCUAGCAAAGCCGAUCAUUUAGCCAAACAACUCAAGGAACGCAAAUAUUUCGAUUCUGGCGACUAUGCGCUCUCCAAAGCCGGCAAGGCCUCUUCCGUCGACACUGGUAGCGUUGGAUCUGAACAUCCUCUCCCAGAAAACAUCCCCCAUCUCUCAUCUCCCAGCGUUGGCAAUGCCGCACAAGGUGGUUCUGGCAAUACAAAUGUUGGACCUGGCUCUGCACAUCAUGGUAGCAUUGCGGGAUUGGGAUUGGGUCAGCAGAGUGGAAGUCCAGUGAAAGAGAGCAGUUAUUUGCACCGCGAGACAAGCAUUGAUGAGGCAGAUAAGAAGAAUGAUGCAAACACACAGCAAGCAGGAGAGGGCAGUGUUAGUCCACCAGUUGUCCAGGGAGGUAUUCCAAUCAAUGGUUAA